UUUGCAAUCUUCUCGAAUUCUCUCAGGUCUUACUCGUUAAUACCGUCGAGAUGCGUUUCAUAACUGGUUUUCCAGCCUUGUUAUUUUCCGUGUUGGGUUCGAUCAGCAUAGUUACUGCUACUACACAAUAUCACGAUGAAAGUUUCAUUCCAGACGCGGUGUUGCGUGUCACGCAGCAGAAUAUCACACAGUCAUGCCUGGCUUCCAAAACAAAUGUUCUCAUCAAUGGGACUUCGCCUGGUCCAGAACUCAGGCUUCUGGAGGGACAAACAUACUGGAUCCGAGUCUAUAAUGACAUGACUGCCAACAACCUCACCAUGCACUGGCAUGGCCUCUCUAUGGCAGUCUCCCCGUUUAGCGACGGCACCCCCGUUGCCUCCCAAUGGCCCAUCCCACCCGCUUGCUUCUUCGACUACGAGAUCCACGUCCCAAUCGGCAUGGCAGGGACCUAUUUCUACCACAGCCACGUUGGGUUUCAAGCCGCCUCUGCAGCAGGCCCUUUGAUUGUCGACGACUUGCACGUUCCGUAUCAUUACGAUGAUGAGAAGAUCAUUUUCAUCCAGGAUACAUUCACCAAGGACUUCCAGACUAUCGAGAAAGGAUUGGUUAAUACUCCGUUGGUGUGGAGUGGUGAGGCUGCGGCAAUUUUGGUUAAUGGGAAGGGAGGCGGGAGUGCCAAUGGGACGGCGUGUAAUGCGAGUCUUUCGGUCAUUGAUGUUGAACCUGGGAAGACAUAUCGAUUACGGUUUAUCGGAGCAACAGCACUUACGUUUGCGUCACUUGCUAUCGAGGGACAUGGCUCCUUGGAAGUGAUUGAAGCUGAUGGCUCAUACACACAAAAAGCCGACACUUCCUUCCUUCAAGUCGCCGCCGGACAACGCUACAGCGUCCUCCUCCACACGCUCCCAAACCCCACCCAAUCAACCUACUACAUCCAACUCGAGUCCCGCGACCGCCCGACCGUAACUCGCUCUUUCGCGAUCCUAAACUACGGCCCGAAGUACAAAAACUCAACACCCUUCUACCCGCCCCCAAAGCCCGUUGUCUCACUCCCGAAGAGCACCGUCGGCUUCCUAGACUACAAACUAUACCCCCUCCAGCCCAGCGGCGACUUCCCCUCCGCAAAAGAAGUCUCCCGCACCGUAACAAUAACCGUCCACCAAGCAGUCCGCGGCAUGACAAUCUGGCUCGAGAACCACUACCCCUGGGUAGACACCUUCCCAACAGAACCCUACCUCGUCUCCCUCUACAAGAACGAUGGCGUCGAGUUCCCAUCCAUGGAGCGAGCGGCCCAGAACGGCGGUUUAGAUCCAAUUACCAGAGCCUUCCCCGCCGAGAUUGGGGAAGUGGUGGAUAUCGUGCUGCUUAAUACGGGCGCUGAUUCUGGGGGACUGGAUGCCCAUCCUUGGCAUGCGCAUGGGAGGCAUUAUUGGGAUUUGGGAAGUGGGAAUGGGACGUACGAUGCGGCUACUAAUGAGGCAAAAUGGGCAGGGAAAGAGCCGGCGACGAGAGAUACGACGAUGUUGUAUCGGUAUGGGUUGACGACGGGUAAUGGCACGGUGCAGGGGUGGAGGGCCUGGAGAUUGAGGGUUACGGAGCCGGGGGUUUGGAUGAUUCAUUGCCAUAUUUUGCAGCAUAUGAUUAUGGGCAUGCAAACCGUCUGGGUAAUGGGUAAUGAGACUGAGGUGUUAGGGAAAGUACCAAGGCCCGAGGUCGAGGGGUAUUUGACGUAUGGAGGGGACGUGUAUGGGAAUGAGAGUCAUUGGCCGACGGCGGUGCAUUAUUUUGAUACUUGGGCCGAGAAUCAAUGAGUACUUUAGGUGAAGAGAGCGGAAUUUCCUGACUAGUAGAGAACUAAAGAAGGGAUUGGGGUAGGAGGGAUUUUGGACCAUUGUUAAUAAUUUAUUCAAUAAUAAGUCUGCUAUUCUGCGAGCUUGCGUUUGAUAAUUGCGAAGGCUGCGCGGCAUAGAACGCAAGUGCUC